UCCUUUCUAAAGCUAGUCUUCAAAAUAGAAAGGUCUAUCUGAAACAUAUAUGCACUACUCACACAUUCUUUUGUAUGCAUGAAUAGCUAUGAAUGAUGCAGAGACAAACUUGGCGAGAAGUUUCAGCAAUGAUACUUACUCCGGUUUCCACCUUCCGGAUCUGUACAAGUCAGAUGAAUGGAUGGACGAUGCUCUUGUCUCUGCCGUUUCAGGGAUGAAUCAUUCUUAUGCUUAUCAGACAAGUGAUGAUGCUGCCUUCUUCUCAGGUUCCUCUAGCAGUUUCGGUCAUCCCAAAUCUCCAAGCACCAACGCUACUGUUGCCUUUGCUACACCCACCGCUUCUGCCGAAAAACAGAUAAAGAAAGAAAAGAAGAAAAUAAAAGAGAGAGUUGCAUUCAAGACACAGUCUGAUGUAGAAGUGCUUGACGACGGGUUCAAGUGGAGGAAGUAUGGGAAGAAGAUGGUGAAGACCAGCCCAAAUCCCAGAAACUACUACAAAUGUUCAGCUGAUGGCUGUCCCGUGAAGAAAAGGGUUGAACGAGAUGGAGAUGAUCCUAGCUUUGUGAUAACAACUUAUGAGGGCUUCCACAAUCACUCAAGCAUGAACUAAGGUUCGUCAGAAUUUUCUAAGCUUAUGGUAAAGACGGAAAGAAUACGUCGUCUGAGUAAAGCUAGUGACACCAAUACUAUUCACGUUAUAUUUCUUAUAAAUGUGUUCUUGAGACUGGUUUUCAAUGGUAAUUCUACUUAUACUGCUUAUCUAAUACUCAAUGUAAAACUGGUUGACAAAUUUUGAAAGAUUUAUGAUAUUCUGAGUCUGG